AUGGGGAUUUUUGGAACAGAUACCAAGUGGCUCACCAAUGAAUACACCUUUGACAAUGUGGAUGCCAACAAAUUCCGGAAUUCGCGUCUCAGUACGCUGCUGAACUAUCUCUUCAUGCUGCUGGGUAUAGCCUUGAAGAUCAUUGGUAUGGCUGCCGAUAUUUAUACCCUUGUGACAUUUGGUUUGAAGGGUGAAUCCGAGAACGCUUCGAAACUGGCGUAUAUUCCUGCAGUGGCAUAUUCCGCGGUUUUCAUAGGGUGUAUCGGUAUAUCUUUCAUCAUACUGAUCUUCCGCUGGAUCCAGGGCUAUAAGAUCUACCAAACAGGUCAGAUCGCACUAUCCUAUUUCUACGCAGUUCCAAGAAACUUCUUUUCCUUGAAGAAGUUUUCAUAUUUUUGCGUUUUUAAUGAGGUUUCCUCGGGCAGUUUCUUCAACUGGUUCACAUUCCUGACAUAUUUCGCACUGAAGGACUGGCUCAAUCUGCUGGUAGCAGAUUCUCCAAGACAACUACUCAACGGAUACACAAUUUUUACCACCAUCACCAACAAUAGAUCCACUUCCAACAUAAUUGCAGUUAUCAAGGCAAUUGCCACGGAAGAUGUGCGCCAAGCUGUGAUUUUGUCACUAAUGACGCUUUCGUUCGUUAUCUGGCUGAUCUUCAUCGUGAGGUUCAUCAUCUGUCUUUGCUGCGUGCUGCCUCUAAGAUCCGAAAUCCACAAGCUGGGAUUUUCGCAUGGACUGAAGGCCUUUUGCUGUGUUACUAUCAACUCUGAAGUGGCUUCAAUGGUGAAGAGGAAGAACAGCGAGUUGUUGCUGAGCGACAUCCGUCUUGCGAACAACCGUUUCGAUAACGGUGUUGCUGGGUCCAGUCGAAUGACUUCCAAUGCUGAUACUGAUCUCGAAAAAGGAAGCACUUUAUUCACGUCCAAUUAUAUUGAGAAGAGUGACCCAUUUGACGUCUUUGUUUCCGCUACUCCUAGGCGUAAAAGCAGCGAGACGGAUUCUCUCAACCAUAUGCUCUCUUCGUUUCCGCUCCCUCCUGGAAAAUCAAACACUUUCAGCAGUUCAGAACGUCCAGAUUAUAUCCUGCCUCCUCCACCUCCUACGAAAUCAACUGCUCCAGUGGCACAUGACUUCCAGUCACAUAAUCCGUUUGAUGAAGAUAACAAAAGCCCCUUAAUUCCACAGGGCGAUACCGAGAGUCUGGAGGCUCCCAAGAUGAAUCCAAUCUACAGGACAUAUGAUGGAAGCGAUCCGUUUUCCAACGGUUCGGAUCCUUUUUUGGAUCAGCAAAAUCCGGAAUAUCUUGCUAACGAUUUCGUUGUUAAGAAAUCGUAUACAGAUACUUAUGUGAACAAUAAAGGAGUGCAAACGUUGCCUUCUUUGCCUGCUGCCUAUGGUGAAGCUAACCUCACUAAUGAAGACUUGCAUCUACCAGAAAUCAAGGCUCCUGUUUCACCACCAAGACUCCGAACCGAGCAACCAUAUUUACCUCACGAAAUGAACCAACUUUACGGCACUUCGACUGAAGUUCCCCACAAAAGGGUUCGUCGAUAUAAUACAGACCCAACGCAGUCAGGACCUCCAAGAGGGUAUCUAUGA